AUGGCCGCUUACAUUCGCCGUCUGUCCUCUCAGGAUGUGGACCGAUGCGCCACACUCGAGUCUGCCGCUUUCCCACCCUCGGAGGCCGCUACUCAUGAAAAGAUUGAUUACAGGCUCUCCUCCUGCCCAGAGAUUUGCUAUGGUUUGUUCCUGCGAAACUCAGAUGGAAACCCGCCGGACCUCAGCUCAGUAGACGUGUUGUCGACCCCAGAGACAUCCGACAAGGAUGAUAUUUUGGUUGCACAUGUGAUUUCGACCAAAUCACACUCUCCAGUCGUUAUUGAUCAAGACAUGGAUUAUCCCCGGGACUGGAAAACUAACCCGAGGGUGGUCACAACCGCGGGACACCAGCCAACAGGUUCAACCGUCGCCUUGCAUUCCUUGGCUGUCUCCCCUGCGCAUCAAAGACAAGGCCUGGGAAAGCUCCUGAUGAACAAGUACAUUGAGGAGAUGAAGAAGAUGAAUGGCGUUGAAAGAGUUGCUCUUUUGACUUACGAUAGACUUGUUCCUUACUACGAGAAGUUGGGGUUCAAGAAUCAUGGCAAGAGUGCAGCCACUUAUGCCGGCGUGUCAUGGAACGAUUUGAGCUACGAGGUGUCUUAG